UCAACGAGGGGUAAAUAUUCGUGGGCAAGGCAAAUGAGAUGGAAUGACAAGGAUUUCUUCGUCAAUGCCAUCAAAUCGUGCAUAGCUGCCAGGGAUCUACCCGUGGCCAAGAAAAUCCACCGUGAAAUUCUUGGCACUAGCGACUGUAGAUCAAACACCUUCCUUGCGAAUCUCGUCGUCGACAUGUACAACAAGUGUGGCAGCCUCGAGGAUGCCGAGGCUGCGUUCCACAGCAUCUCCCACAAGAACGAAUAUUCGUGGAACAUUAUGCUCUCGGCAUAUGCCCGGUCCGGGAAUAUCCGCAAGACGGAGCUUUUCUUCCAGCGGAUUCCCCAUCCAAACAACGUGAGCAUCACAACCAUGGUCAUGGCACUGGGCGACCAUGGUUUUAUCCAGCACGCAUGUAAUUUGUACGAGACCAUGGAUUUACCUGACGUGAUGAGCCAGAACAUCAUGCUCCAAGCACUUGCCAAAAACCGGCAUUUUGACGAGGCUAAGCAAAUGUACAACGACAUGGCCACUAGAAAUAUUGUGUCAUGGUGUACGGUCCUCCAGGUAAAUGUGGAGUGUGGCCUAGCAGAGGAUGUGGAGUAUGUGUACGGACGUAUGCCCCAGCACAAUGAAGUGGCCCAAAGCUGCCUGAUGCAAGCAUAUGCCCUGUCUGGGCAUAUUCGAAAAGCAUCUAAGCUGUUUGGUGAGAUGCCAGAGAAAGAUGUGGUAUCUUGGACAGCACUGUUAAAGACUUAUGCCGAGGCUGGGAUUUUGUCUAGAGCUAGGGAGGCUUUUGAUUCCAUGCCAAAGAGGAAUAUUAUCUCAUGGAAUUGCAUGCUCCAAGCAUAUACCAACACAGGGCAUCUUUGUGAGGCCGAGACCUUGUUUUAUUCGAUGCCAGCUUGGGACGUCGUGACGUGGACGUGUCUCAUAGUGGCAUAUACCCAGAACAGGAAUCUUUCCAAGGCGUUGGACGCGUUCCAGUGGAUGCCUUUGAGGGAUACCGUGUGCUGGACGGCUGUGAUGCAAGCAUAUGCCCAGCAAGGGUAUCUACAAGAGGCCAGCGCCAUGUUUGAGAAUAUGCCUGUUCGAGGCUCGGUAUCUUGGAAUGGGAUACUCAUGGCCUACAUAGAAAACGAGGAGUUUGACUCUGCAAAUAAGAUAUUUGUUAAGAUGCCGUUCUAUGACAUUGUCUCUUCCGUUUCGAUGCUCACGGCAUAUGCCCAGUGUGGGCAUAUUCUAGAAUCCGAGAAACUCUUUGCUGGCUUGAUAUUUAAAGAUCUCAUUUCAUGGACGGCUAUGAUUUCAGCGUACUCCACAAACGGUCGCGUCGAGGAAUCUAAAUCGGUGUUUACGAAGAUGCCCUGCUGGGACAUUGUCACGUACAGUGUCAUGGUCCAGGCAUAUGCCCACAAGCGGCAUAUUCUCGAGGCCGAGCAAAUCUUCCAAACUAUGCCGUUCCAAGACGUAAUCGCCAGGAACACAAUGGUGGCGGCAUAUGCCCACUGUGGGCAUAUGCUCAAAGCACGGAGACUAUUCGAUGGAAUGGAGGAUAAGAACUUGGUGGUGUGGAACUGUAUGAUCGGGGCUUACGCGGAGCACGGCCCCUGGAGCGAGGGCUUGUGGCUGGCUCGCUGCUUGGAUCUCGAUGGAAUCCGGCCAAACGACACCACAUUCUCGAUGAUCCUCACGGGAUGCAGCCACUGCGGGAUGCUCGAGGGCGCGCGCGCCCAAUUCCUGGCGAUCCAGGAGCUCUACGCGAUGGAUCCCAAGCUGGAGCACUUCACCUGCAUGAUCGAUCUGCUGGGGCGAUCGAAGCGGCUGCGCGACGCGGAGGAGCUGAUCCACAGCAUGCCCUAUCUGCCGGAUCCAGUGGCGUGGACGACGUUCUUGAGCGCGUGCCGCCUCCACAAGAACCAAGAGCACGGGGCUAGGGCGUACGGAGAGCUCCUGGAGGUCGAGCCCGAGGCAUCGGCGCCGUACAUCUUGAUCUCCAACGCAUUCUAAAAGAGCGCGAUCUUUGUCGAUGACACGUGGCGGCGUUCCAGCGGCCAAGAUUUGCUUCUCUACAGUUGGCCAGAUUUUUGGUUUCUUGGUAGUACGGAGUAAAUAUUCUAGGCUGUGGCGCGCCGCGGCUAUGGUGGACGGCGAGGCGCUAGGGCGCGCAUUCGUCCAGAGGACGCCCGAGAAGUGGGAGCUCAAUCAGUACUGGUACUCGGCCGCCACCAUCGCCGCCAUUGUCAAGAUCUCCCUCGCGCACAGCACAGUUUCUUCAUGAAAUAUUGGUGUCUCCCAGGAAGUCGAAGAGCGCGCUACCAAGGCCGCGUUUCUCUCCACUCCCAGCGUCUACUUCUCGCUCAAGGAUUUGCAACUGAGGAAAUGUAGCUUCGUUUUCGAUGUAAGGAUCGUCUCUUUUCUC